AUGUCGCGGCGCCGCGGCCGGCGGCCCGGGUCCCGCCUGUCCUGGCUGCUGUGGUGUGGCGCCCUGCUGUCCCCGGCCGCGGGCUACGUGAUCGUGAGCUCCGUGUCCUGGGCCGUCACCAACGAGGUGGACGAGGAGCUGGACGGAGCCUCCACGGAGGAGACGCUGCCCGCGCUGCUGGGGGACUCGGGCAGCCUCUGGCAGCGGAGCUUCCCGGCCUCGGCGCACAAGGAGGACGCACACCUGCCUCCCCCGGAGGGCGCCGCCCGCUCCAGGCCGCCCCCCGCGCCGCCCGGGAUGUUCUCCUACCCGCGCGAGGGCGGCGCGAGGCUGCGCCCGGGCAUCGCCCGCUUCCUGGCCCACGCCAGCGCCUGGGGCUGUCUGGCCACCGUGUCCGCCCACGAGAAGAUCCCAGGCCUGCCAUUUGGGACCUGCCUGCCCAUCAGUGAUGGCCCCUUCAACAACAGUACAGGGAUUCCUUUCUUCUACGUGACACCCAAGGACCUCCUGGUGGCCGAUCUGAUGAAGAACCCCAUGGCCUCACUCCUGCUGCCAGAAUCUGAAGGAGAGUUCUGCAGAAAGAACAUCGUGGACCCAGAAGAUCCUCGCUGUGCCCGGUUAACGCUCACUGGUCGGAUGGUUGCAGUGUCUCCAGAAGAAGUAGAAUUUGCCAAGCAAGCCAUGUUUUCAAGACACCCAGUGAUGAGAAAGUGGCCUCGGCCAUAUGAAUGGUUCUUCAUGAAGAUGAAGAUAGAACACAUCUGGCUUCAGAAAUGGUAUGGAGGAGUAGCCGACAUCUCCAGGGAGGAGUACUUCAGAGCCGUUCCAAGAAAGGCCUGA